GUGACUUGCCAGCGGGUGGAGCAUAAAAUUAUUUGGUAGACCGCUCCUUUUCCAGCCGUCGAUCACUCCAAAAGUAGACCGUGCCGAGAGCCAAAGAGAUUAUCGAGUGACGGCGAAAAACAGGAACGAAAAUGUUGCCAGGCAGUUGUUCUGCGCUCCUUGGAUCACCGACUUAGCUCGGUUGUCCUUCCUGCUGUAGAGAAAGGUUACAGCAGUAGUCCUAGUCAACUAGCCUUGAGGAGUGCUUGGCGGGUGGGGGGGCUGGACCGCGGGUGGAUACUCCAUCAGGUGACCGAGGUGACCAAGGUCAUCGAUGUCUACACCUGACGAUGAAGAGGCCGACUUCACCAACCAGCUCAAGGGUGGCAUUCCGGUCAUGCUACACGUGAAGGUUGGGAAGCUCGAACCAGGGUCUAUUCAGCUCGUCGACGAGGAGAACGAGAAGCUCGUCAUCAAGACUCUCAGGGAGGGAUGGUUCUCGUGGUGCUACUGCUACAACAGGCGAUACGAGCUUAGCCCGGGGCAGCUGGAACCUGUCGAGAAUAGGACGCACACCAUGAGACUCAACCGAUCGACGGUUCUCCUGAACGGUGGUGACUCCCACAACACCGCCAGCAUGCUCCGCCGCAGCCUCAGCCUCCUUCGCCGCCACCCCCACCCGGAGUCAAUCGACCUCACGUUCUCCACACCCAAGCUGGAAGAGAGCUUGAGGCUUUGGGCGCACAAGAGACUGGCAGUCGUCAAUCCAGCAUCAUCGCUUGCCCGCGAAAGCAGCGAGAGGGUCGUGCAGGCCCUCCAGGGUCUCCGCCCUUCCGAGGACUCUGACGUGGAGACGGCAUACUCAGAGGAACAGCCAACCCCGAGGGAGCUCCGGCGCAGCGGCAGCCCCAAGAUCUGGCCGGCACAGGGGCACCUGGUCAAGCGACAGAGCUCUCGGAAGGCAUUCAAGUCCGAGUCGGAGAAGUGGGACCGACGACCCAGCGCCAGGAACGUGGGCUCCACGAUCCCCGAGGGAAAGGAUCCCGGUAGCAGCGGCGGCGAGGACAGCGGAGCCAGCGACGGCAGCGACAAGGCCGCGUGGGCGUGGAAGGCGCCGCCCGUGCUGCGCAAGCUGAGCGUCAGCAGCAACACCUCGUCACGAGGUGGGGGAGGGGGGCGGGGGGAGAGCGCCGCCGUCGUGUCGCCCCCCCCCCCGGACACGGCCGCGGGCAGCAGCAGCGUCGACAGUGCGGACAUGGCGUCGGGCACCUCCACUCCGCCCCUGCCCCCUAGCGUGGGGUCCUUGCCGCCAUCUCGCCGCUCUUCCCUUACGAUCGGCGCCGCUGCCGCCCCUGCCGCCGAGGAGCGGGAGCCUGAAAGGGCCAGGUCUUCCGCCGACUCCGGCGCCCGCGGCGGCGACUUCUGGGACCCCCUCGGGCUGAUGAACGACGCCACGCUGGACACGCCGCCGGCCAAGAAGACACUGCCCAGGCGCGGGUCGGCGCGCCGGGGGCAGGCUACGCAGUCCACCACCAGCACCGCCGCCGCCGCCGCCCCUGCCGCCGGAAGACCGCCGGCAACAACCGCGGCGGCGGGAGAAGGAAGGGGAGCAGGAGGAGGAGACGGGAAAGACCGAACCUUGCCCCCGCAAGGCUCGAAGAAGAAGAAGUCGUCGCAAGGCAAGGCCGCGGCGAAGGAUCCCCCGAGGGUGACCAUCGAGAGCGACAACAAGGAGUAGUAGGCCAACGGCAGUAAUGGUGUUGUGUUUUGUUUUUUCCUUGUUCGCCGGGGGAUGGGUGAUAACGGAAGGUGGACCGAGAGCUGUGGGUGUUCGUGUGACCGGUCUUUCGACCCUACUGCAAGCGACCCUCUGCCGUGGAAGCGGCAUGCAUGUCGACAAGGUGGGAGGUAGGUGACAGCGGCGGGGUGGUGGAGGCGCCAGAGCUCGGGUGGUUGUCGGAGGAGAGCUCAGAGAGGCUCAGAGAGGAGGAAGAAGUGGGGCAAGAGGUCGGGCGGGAACGGGCUCGGCCAACGGCCGAUAGUUUGCCCCGUCACCCGUUGAGCGAAGAGGGAAUCCGUCAAGCUCACCCCCACACCCAACCUUCGUGCGACUCCGCGCGAAGCAACCCAUGCCGGGCUGCUCGGUACCUGUUCGUGGGUCCGCAAGGGUGGGGAGGAGCACGCGGGGGCCGGGGGGAGGGGUACUCUUGUCUUUCCCUGCUGCGGGAGUUUUCUAUAUAUAUAUAUAUAUAUAUCUAGGGCAGAAAAAAUAACAUUGUGUACUUGCCGUGUAUAAUGCCAGACCAUUUGUGCCGUUGGGAUAGGGUCGGCGAGGAAUGGCGCACACCAGAGGCACACUGAAACGCGGGUGGGCUUGAGAGCCUGCGUUCGGGCACUCGCGUGGAUCGGCGAGGCACUUGACCUUUAACCAACGAUGGUGUUAUAGCAAAGAGUAGCCUGUCCCGUGCAUUCGGUACGGGUGGAUUAGGUUGAAAGGCCGCCGUGGGGCGAGACACACGGGGGUGGCUAAUUGUUUUGCGUUGACAUCUUCUUACAGAACAACUCAUCUCUCCCCAUAGAGUCCGGGAUAACACAGCGAUGUCCUAGUUCCCACGUUGUGGGACCUAUCUGCGUUGUACUAGUUAUUUCACCCCCGAGUCGCUUGUGCGGGGCAAGCCGAAUAAAAGCAAACUGCGCAUCACCACAUUCUAGAUUUUAAUGUUAGGGAGUGCCGCAUGAUGUAGCCACUAUUAGAGGGGGGCGUUUCGCCCAACUGGUGAGUUCUUGCUAGAUUUGCCAGAGGCAAUCAUUCCUGACGAGUCGUUUUUUGCGUGUGCCAUUUUGCGCUGCGGAUGAGGUGGAAACGCGGGCGACGGGUGAAGGAUGCCUUGUCGUGCCGUGGAGCAGCAGUUCGGUUGCUCUGUGUCUGUUGGCCAUCACCGCCAGAGAAUGGUUGGCACGGACGGUCUGAUAAUAGUGGACAACGAGAACAAAGCGGAGUAAUUUUUUAUGUGGUUGGCACGGUCUGAGAGUGGACAACGAUAUCAAGGCGGAGUACUCUUUUUUACGUGCUUAGGUGGUUCACGUUUUUAGUCAUACACGUGCCAUACCUGGAGAAUUUAUGUCUACGUAGGGCGCUCGCUGGUGCCAACAAAUAAUUGCAUCGUGCGUGGUUUUCGUUCGCGAUUGUUUCCCCCACUUGAGCGGCCAGGAGAGAGAGGGAGAAUCGACUGUCGAGUCGAACGAGUAUCUGGUAGUUAUCGGUCCUGCAUUCAUCUCUCAAGAACUCAUCUCGUGCCCACGAACUCACCGCUGUACGAAUGAACGUAGUCAGUCGAACCUGUUUACCCCCAGCGCACCACCGAACCUUCGUUCCUUCGUUUGCCACACCCAAACUACUACUGUAGCUGCUUUGUUCUGUCCUCGAUCGACCGUUUCUCAAAUAUGUAGUGUUGUUCUACUCAGGUGUAUCAUGGAACGGUCGAACCUGAUACAAACCAUUCCAAUCGCUACCCAACCCCCUCUUGUGCUCCCUGAUCCCUUCCGCGCGCCCCAGCCGCGCCC